CUGAGACAAUGGGCGCCCGGUGAGCGGGAGAGCUGGGCGCGGUUCCUGCGAUCGGGGGAGGAGACGGGGGCCAGUCUCACUCCAGGGCGGGCAUCGCAGACCGCGCGCCGGGCAACCGUGCAGGUCGGAUCCGUGUUGCCAGGCAGGACACGAGCAUCGCGCACGAGCAUCGUGCUGAGACGACGGCGGUGGUGGCGGUGCAGGAGACUGACGUGCGCGCGUCGAGAGAACGGUAGCGGCGGCAUAUCAGACGGGUGCGCUGAAGAAGGGCGCGCAGUGCCAGGCUGUUCUGCGGCAGACGGUGGAGGCAGAGACAAGGAACGGGGGGUGGCGCACCAUACGAUGCCAUUGCGCGAGGCCGUCGAGCGAGACGCGACGGAGAGGGAGAUGGCGCGGACGUCGUCGACGGGAGCUGAGGACGGAGGGCGUCGAGACAGGGUGAUAGAGCGUGCGAGAUCGACGGCGCGAUGCGGGGAUGAAGAGGUGGCCGAGGAUACGGCGUGCCAAGAUGCGUGA